AUCAUCCCCAUGUUUGCUUUUGCACGUCCAAAGGGAAUAACUUCAACACCAAGUCUCACUGAUCUACUUGCGGCCCUAUAAAGGAUCAGCUUAAUUCAUGUUCAGCCUCAACCCACAAAACCUGGUCUGCAUACAAACCUAAUUCGGUUCUUAAUUUCUUGGGAUGGUUAAGAUAACAAUAGUUGGAAGGGUGAUUGAUGGGCUGCCUCUUGCGCUAGGGCCUAGGUAUGUGAAUGAAGAGAAUGAUAAUUUCUCAUGUUACAAGCAGCAAGCUGAGUUCAUACUCAAAGAAAUCUCGAGAGGAGCCUUGAUACCUUCCAUGAUGACCAUUCGCAUUGAUCAUCACUCUCUCAACUACUUGAUUGGGAAUGGUGUCUGCUUCAUGACAUUGUGCGAUUCUUCAUAUCCAAGAAAGCUAGCUUUCCAUUAUCUACAAGACUUGCAACAGGAGUUUGAGAAAUUGGACAAUAGCCUAGUUGAGAAAAUUACAAGACCAUAUAGUUUUAUUAAAUUCGAUGGUGUUAUUGGGAGUAUUAGGAAGCAGUAUAUAGACACGAGAACUCAGGCUAAUCUAUCGAAGCUAAAUGCGAAUAGAAAAAAAGAUUCAGAAAUCAUUACAGAGCACAUAUCAGAAAUUCUGCAAAGAAAAAGAAAUUCAGAAAUCUCCGAAAGACUACCGGCAACGACUCCAAGAACAGCCUCUCCUGUCUGGGGUUCUCCCUUGCUAGAGGUGAUUGCACUGAAAUGGACACCAAUUACAACCAUUGUUGCAGUUGCUGCUAUCCUGUUAUGGGCAAGCCUAGUUCUCACAGAUAAUUUUAUCAUCUAGAACUCAUGAAAGAGUUCAAGCUAUACCAUGAAAAAAAUAAUCAUCAUCAGAAAUCUUAGAGGACAGUGUCCGUUUAUAAAAUGAUCCGUCAAUGUCUGUAAAUAUUUUUUUUGCGGACAGAAAAUUGUCUUGUGCUUGAUUAUGUAAUGCUAUGAAUCAUCAUCUUCUAUGUGAACUUGAACACUAAUCAAUGCGAGUCAGUACCUACUGAGGAAUAUUA